AUGAGCGAUUCAGCAGAAGAGGAAGUUUUCGAGGUUGAGGAGAUCCAAGCUCACAAAUUUGUCAAGAAAAACAAGGAGGUCUUAUAUUUCAUCAAAUGGUUGAAUUAUUCACCAGAGGAUAACACCUGGGAAAAAGAGGCCAAUGUAUUUGCCACUGAUUUGAUUGAAAAAUACUGGAACGCCAUGCCACCUACAUCAAAGGACAGACGUCAAUUUGAAAAGAUCAACAACAGCCGCAAAAACCCAAUCAAAUUAACAUUUCCUGCUACUAUACCCACUGUUACUCCUGCUGAAGCCACCAGCAGCACCGAAUCCUCUGCUAAUAUUGCCAAGAAUAGCAAACAACAACAGACUUUAGAUAGUGUCUUUGGUGUAUACAAUGGCAAGGGCAAAGAGAAGGAGGCUGAAGCACCUCAACAACCUGCUGCUGCUCCUGCUGCUCCUGUUGCUAGAUUGCCACAAGUCAUUGCCACAAACAACAACGAGGAUGACGAUAUGGACGAAGAUGAGGAUGAAGAGGAGGAGAAAAUGGAGAUUGAUGACACAGAUGAUGAAGAUGCCUUUGCUACCCCCACACCUUCAUCAGAGCCAUCAGAGCCAUCAAACUCUGCAUCUGAUAACCAGACCAGCUUAAAGAAAAAGGAGGAAGCGCCUAAAGAAGCGAGCACAAAAAGAACUGCUGGCAAUGACAGCAGUAGACAACAAGAAGACUACUUUUUAAAACAACACGAAAAGAAGAGAAAGAGAGAGGAACUAGGCAUUUCAGAUGAUUCUUCAGUUGAAAGCUUGUCACCACCUCUCAAAUCUAGAAAAACAGUUGUGGAUAUUGAAGAGAUUCAAGAAGACGAAGAAGUCAUUUUCAACGAGAAAUAUGCAAUUGAUCCUCCUUUGGAUUGGACAACCCAGACUGAGCGUGUGGAAUAUAUUGGAAAAGAGGUAGAUCAAUCUGAUCUCUAUUGUCUUGUCAGAUGGAAAGAUGGUGUCAAGUCUAUGCAUCCAUUAAAUUUAGUGAGAGAGAAGAGACCCGACCUUGUAAUUGACCGCUUUGUGCAAAUGGUUAUGCAACAACAGUAA